AUGAGCAGAACGCGGCAGCUUGGAGAGAUGGAGCGCGGCGUCGACACGGCCCACCUCCUCAUGCUGCUCUCGCGGCGGCGGCACGGCGGACUCGGCGCCGGCGGCAGCGCGCGGGACGGCGGUGGCACGUGCGCCCGCGUGUUCGAGUGCAGGACGUGCGGCAGGCGGUUCCCGACGUUCCAGGCGCUGGGCGGGCACCGCGCCAGCCACAAGAGGCACCGCGCCUCGCGCGCGCCACCUGACGACGGCGCUCUCCUGCCGCCGCCGCCGCCGCCGCCGGAGAAGGCGCGCGAGGGCGGCGGCAGCACGAGGGCGACGGCGACGGCGACGGCGAAGGCGACGCACGGGUGCCCCGUCUGCGCGGUCCAGUUCCCCGUCGGGCAGGCGCUCGGCGGGCACAUGCGGCGGCACCGUGCGGCGCCCGGCGACGACGCCUCCUACCCCGACGUCACGCACCGCGGCGCAGGCGCUGCGGCGCGUGUGGAGGUCGACGACGACGUUGAAGACGACUGCACCGGCGAGGUUUGCUUGGACCUGAGCCUGACGCCGUCGGAGAACUGCGCCAAGUGCCGCCACGCCGGGCCCGGCGCUGCGGCGAACCCCGCGCAAACAACGAUUCUACUGGGCUGUCCCCUUUGA